AUGUUUCAUACACCACCUAUAGAUAACACUCGAUAUGAUCUGACACAAUCAAUAAAAUCAUCUUAUUCUUCUUCUAAUAAUGGUGAUUCAGAUGAUAUUUUAUCAACAGAUACUGGAAUAACCACUAAUUCAAAUUCAUCAAACACGUCGCAAUCUGAGAUUACUAAUGGGACGGUUACAAAAUCUAAGGACACAAAGGUCAAGUGUACUGAGGCCAAACAACAAAAAGAACUUAAACAACAGGGAGAGGAAAUGAAAAAAAUGGAAUCAACUUCAAAAGAAGAUGAUACAAGUGACACAAAUAACAAAAACCUAAAAAUACCAGAUGAAUUACCACUCGAAUUAACCCGUUUAAUGCAACUUUUUAUUGAAGAUUUAAAACAACCCAAGUACGACAAACCUAUUAGUAUAAACCAAUUAGCUGGAUAUUUUCAAAAAUUUUAUAUUCAGUUCCACAAAGCUGCAACAAACUAUUGUGAUAGUAAAAUAUCAGGUAUUCCGCCUGCUACCACCACUCAAAGUACUACUUCAUUAUCCAUAUAUUCCCCAUUUGGGUUUAUGUCUGCUAAGGAUCAUUUAAGCUCAGGAUUAAGCGGUAUAUUUGGACGUAGUAGGAGUAGCAGUAAUGUAUCAAUAAAUAAUAACGAUAAUACAGUUACCACAGUUACUAAUAACCCCAGAGUUAGCAAUAACAAUACACAAUUAAUGUUGUCACCAUCUGAAUUAGAAUAUAAAAAAACUUGCGUCAAAAAAUAUAUGGAAUUAUUAGAAAUGGAUUUGUUUCACAUGAUAAGCCUAUUAGAUACCAGUGCAGAUGAAAAACAGCCAAACUCAAAAAAUACUACUCAUACAAAAUUUAGAACAUACGCUUUAUUUAGGAAUAGUGGGAAUUAUAUAGAUUAUGAUCGGCUAUUUGAUGAAAAAUUAUGGGAAUUGCAUAAGAUAUACGAGAAAUAUGAUCUAAGUGAUUUUUUGCAUAUGAGUACUCCUGAAUUUGAUAAAUUAAAAAACGAUACUGACACUUGUCAAGACGAACAGGAAAGUGCCAUAGAUAUGAAGAGUCCCCAUGUUUUUGAACGAAUUUUGCAUGAAUUAGUUAUUGAUAGACUGUCACCCAUAGAAAAAAUGAGUGCUUUAUUUCAAUUACAAGAUGAAAUUUUGAAAAACUUAAAUAACCCGGGAAAUGACGAAUUACUAUCAUCAUUAAUAUAUGUAAUUAUAAAAUACCCGAAAAAACAUAUCUUUUUAUGUUUCGAAUUUAUGAAGUUAUUUAGGAAUAAAAGUAGUUUAGUGGGUAAAGAACUAUUCACUUUAACGAAUUUAGAGGCAGCUCUCUAUUUUAUCAGUGAUUUAACAGAAUUGCCCAAUGGUAUUCCCUCAACCGAUUUAUUCACAUUUAGGAUAUCAGAUGCUAUUAAAAUACCUGUUUUUGGUGAAGAUAGUAAUGAUGGUGAGAAAUUAAGGGAUGCUAAUAGUGAUAUUCAUAUAAGUUUCAGCGAGUUGAGCUUGCAGAAUAUUAUAAGUGGUAUUACUACCACUGCCACAGCCACUACCUCUUUUAACAAUAAUAAUAAUGGUAAUAAUAGUACUUCUACUACUACUACUGGUGGUGGUACUGUUGCUGCUGCUGCUGUUACUAACAAUAGUACUAAUAACAAUACACUGAACAAUAACUCUGCAGGUAUAAGAAAUAGAUCACUAUCUAAUUUAACGUCAUUAAAAUCCGUUCUAGGAAGAUUAUAUAGCAGCCCACCCCCAAGCACUUCAAACACUCCGAUAUCUAAAGUAGAUAUACCAAAAUCUACUUCUAACCAUUCACUAAAAUUAGAUUUUACAAAUACUAAUACUAUUGAUAGUCAAAUCGCUGAAGAUUAUAAGAAAUUCCAAGGGCGCGAUUUUGAUAGUCUAAGUAUUUCUGAGUUAAGGGAGGUAUUUGAAAUAUAUCAGAUGUUGGUUCAAUGA